AUGUCGAAGAGAAUAAUGUGUGAAGUAUUCUGUACUGCUGAGGACAUGGGUUUGUAUAUAGCCUAUAGCGAUACAGAUUCGAUGCACCUGUAUAAUGAAGACAUACCAAAACUCGCUGAAGAGUUUGAGAAACGUUAUGGAAGAGUUCUCAUUGGUAAAAACCUUGGUCAAUUUCAUUCUGACUUCGCAGAAAUAACACCUGGAAAACAAAGUUUAGCAUACAAGUCAAUAUUUUGUGGAAAGAAGACUUACAUAGACUUACUCACGAAUGAUUUAAAUGAAGUUGCAUUUCACUGCAGAAUGAAAGGCGUGAAGCAAGAUGUUAUUGCUUUAACCGCUAA